AUGGAGGAGGGAACUGAGAACGCGGGCGACAGCCAGCGCGUCCAGCAGCUCCUGCAAGUCAUUGCCGAACUCAAACGCCGGGAGGCCCUUCACCUGUCUCUACUAGCCUCGCUAGAACGCCAGCUAUCCAAAGCUCAGCUUGCGCCUCUUGGGCAUCCCACGCCUGCAGGAUCUCAGGGGGGCCCCUCGCUUAGGGGCCUCGUCCUGGACCCUGCAACGCAGCUCGAGAUCAAAACGCUCCGCACGCGGCUUGCAGAGGCAGAGGGGGCCAUCGAGAAGGCAAAGGAGGCUCAGACGGCGCAGCAGUUCUCUGGACAGAGCGUCACUGGCCAGCGACUGAUCACUAAGUGCAGAACUUUGCAGCAGGAGAACGCAGAGCUUGGACGAGCGCUUGCAGAGGGCUCUCUGCUCCCAGCGACAAGCCAAAUAGGGGCCCUCAAGAAGCAUGUUCUAUUCUUGAAAAAUGAGCUGAGGCAACUGCGCGAGCUGAACGCGGAUCUCGAUGCUGACAAUGAAGACCUUUCGCAGAAGCUCCAGGCUGUGUUUGUUAAUUUUAGUGAGGUUAAGGGCGAGCGAGAUUCUCUAAAAGUGGAGGUGGCAGAGCUGCAAGCCAAGCUGAAGGCGACAACUAAUACGCGCCCGCCACGCUCGGAAAGAAGCUAUGCUGGCCGCGAAAGCCCUUCGGGCAGCAGGGCGGAGCCAAGGGUCUCGUCGAGGGGCCCCUCUGUGGACUGGAGCAAGCGGGGGGGGUCCAUAGGACCCUCUAGAGAUAAAAACGCCAGAUCUAGCCGGCGCGUUUGGGAUAGAGAGCGGUCCCCAGAGGGUCACGCGCGAAGGGGGGGCAUGCCCGAGGGGCCCCCGUCCACCUCCCACAGCAGAGCAGCGCGGGGAGAACGGGAGAGGGAAAGAGAAAGGGACAGAGAAAGAGAGCGAGAAAGAGAAAGGGAAAGAGACAGAGACAGAGAAAGGGAGAGGGAGCAGAAGGAAAGGGAAAGGGAUUGGAGGGCAAAGGAGACACACAGGCGGCCAUCGGAUGACUCGAGGGGUGGCCGAGGCUCAGCCAGUGCAGCCUCGAGGCAGCGUAGUGGAGCGCGCUAG